AAUAACGAACGAGAUCUGUUCUCAACGGAGAUAGUGAACCGUGGGAUUGAGUCAUCUGGACCGAACGCGGGUUCGUUAACGUUCUCGGUUAGGGUUCGUCGGCGGUUACCGGAUUUUCUUCAAUCGGUGAACCUCAAGUACGUGAAAUUGGGGUACCAUUACCUGAUAAACCAUGGCAUUUACUUGGUGACGAUACCGGUGCUGCUUGUGGUGUUCAGUGCUGAGGUUGGUAGUCUGAGCAAAGAGGAUCUGUGGAAGAAGCUUUGGGAAGAUGCGCGUUAUGACCUUGCUACCGUCUUGGCUUCUUUUGCCGUCUUUGUUUUCACGCUCUCUGUUUACUUCAUGUCCAGGCCUCGCCCCAUUUACCUCGUUGAUUUUGCAUGCUACCAACCUCAAGAUCACCUCAAGGUGUCAAAGGAGCAGUUCAUUGAGCUAGCAAGAAAAUCAGGCAAGUUUGAUGAAGGGAGCUUGGAGUUUCAAAAGAGGAUCCUAAUGUCUUCAGGCAUAGGCGACGAGACAUACAUCCCCAAAGCAGUGAUAGCCUCCAACGAGAACACGGCCACCAUGAAAGAAGGCAGAGCCGAGGCGUCGACGGUCAUGUUCGGAGCACUCGACGAGCUCUUCGAGAAGACGAGGGUGCGGCCAAAGGACGUAGGAAUCCUUGUGGUGAACUGCAGCAUCUUCAACCCUACGCCAUCGCUAUCAGCAAUGAUCAUAAACCAUUACAAGAUGAGGGGCAACAUUCUGAGCUACAAUCUUGGAGGAAUGGGGUGCAGUGCUGGGAUCAUAGCGGUCGAUUUGGCCAGGGAUAUUCUUCAGUCAAACCCUAAUAACUACGCGGUUGUUGUCAGCACUGAGAUGGUAGGCUUUAAUUGGUACCAGGGAAAAGAGAGGUCCAUGCUUCUUCCCAACUGCUUCUUUCGUAUGGGUUGCUCCGCCACCUUGCUCUCCAAUCGCCGCCGCGACUAUAGCCGUGCCAAGUAUCGUCUUGAGCAUAUUGUUCGCACGCACAAGGGUGCCGAUGACCGCAGCUUCAGGUGUGUGUACCAAGAGGAAGAUGAACAAAGAUUCAAGGGGAUCAAGAUUAGCAAAGACUUGAUUGAAAUCGGUGGCGAUGCUCUCAAAACAAACAUCACCACACUUGGGCCUUUGGUGCUACCCUUCUCCGAGCAGCUCCUAUUCUUUGGAACCUUGGUCUGGAGGCACUUGUUUGGCGGCAAAUCUGACGGUGGAAACUCAUCACCGUCAAUGAAGAAGCCGUACAUUCCGGACUACAAGCUCGCCUUCGAGCACUUCUGUGUGCAUGCGGCGAGCAAGCCCAUCCUCGAUGAGCUCCAGAGGAAUCUGGAGCUCAGCGACAAGAACAUGGAGGCAUCAAGGAUGACGCUGCACCGCUUCGGCAACACUUCCAGCAGUAGCAUUUGGUAUGAACUUGCUUACUUGGAGGCCAAGGAAAGGGUUAGAAGAGGAGACCGCGUUUGGCAACUUGCUUUUGGUUCUGGAUUUAAGUGCAAUAGCGUUGUUUGGCGCUCCAUGCGCCGAAUCAACAAGCCUUCUAGGAACAACCCUUGGCUUGAUUGCAUCAACAACUACCCUCGCUCUCUCACUUAAUCGCCCUGGCGUUAAGACACUUCUGAACAAGAAUUCUGUUAUCCAGGUAAAAACUCACGUGCAGUUGUCUUUCUUUGAAGUUAAUAGUUAAAAAUCGUUAGAUAAUUUAAUAUGUUUAACUAAAUUAUUAUCUAAUGAUUCUCAACUAUAUAUAUACUUCACAUGAAAACAACAGUAUUUGAAUUUUCACCGAUAUUUAAACAUAGUUAUUAUUAUACUCCGUAGAACUGGCAUUCUAUCUUACGGUGAUUAGGUAUUAUGUUAGCGCGGAAUAUGGUAAUAAUUAUUACAUGGAAACUAAGGAGCAUUUCUGAUUUUAUAUAAUCUCUGUCAGUGUCGGCGAUAAGAGAGCUUUAUUUUGUUUAGGAUCAAUAAUUCUUCUGUAGUCCUCAUCGAUGAAGCUGGUCUUUUAUGUUUGACAGCUGCACUUUUAAUUUCUUAUUAGUUUGGUGGCUUGGAAUUUAAUUUAAUUAUACAUACUUAUAGUGUGGCUGCUUGCAUGUUUUAAUUAAUCUCUUGAAUCAUCUUAUUCAUAGGAUGAUAUGAAAAUUCAAAGUUGAUUUAAUAUUGGAUGA